AUGGAGUUUGUUAAAGAGGAGAGUGCUGCAGAGACAUGCGGAGAGAAAGAGGAAGAAACUGAGGAACGGAGAGGUGAAGCAAGCCGAGUGAGCGACCUGGAGAAGAAACAUCGGGACUUGUUCAUAAGUGCGGAAAGCUGCUCAGAAACGAAAAAGAAACCCUCGCAAGAAGCCAGUAAUGCGUUCGUCUGCCCCGAGUGCGGCAAGAGUUUCACACAUAGAGGACACUUCAACGAACACGUGAAGAUCCACUCCGGAGUCAAGCCCUUCAGCUGCCCUCACUGUCAGAAGAGCUUCACCUGUAGAGGACACCUGAAACGCCACAUUCGCAUCCACACCGGCGAGCGUCCGUACGCUUGCGAUCAGUGCGGGAAGAGCUUCAAGUGCGCCACCAACCUCAAAGACCACCAGCGCUCGCACUCGGGAGAACGAGCCUUCAGAUGCCAGCAGUGCGGGAAGAGCUUCAUUCUGGCGUCCAACCUGAAGACGCACCUGAAGAUCCACACUGACGAGAAGCCGUACAUGUGCUUCGAGUGCGGAGACACCUUCACCAGAUCCAGCGCUCUGAAGCAGCAGAUCCACAGCGGAGAGAGACCCUAUAGCUGCUCGCACUGCGAGAAGGGCUUCACUCACUCGGGAGCACACACCGGAGAGAGACCCUACCACUGCACCGCCUGCGGGAGGAGAUUCACUCAGUCUAGUGAUCUGCUGACCCACAGAAAGAAGCCCUGUCCCAUGCUGCCUCGCUCCAGUGCAAACACUAGAUGCAAUCUGAUAGGGAUGUAACUA